CUGAACACGCGGAAGGAAAUGCUCGCCACCAUCUUGCAAAGCCGCACUUAUUGGGUGCUUGUCGUGUGGUGUGUUGCAUCUUUAGGGUUAAUGGCUUAUACUUUGAUGCAAAAAUACAUUCACCUAGAAACCCCAUUGGCUCUGGCUUCUCAGAUAAGGCAUUAAAAAGGGAAUAUUGCUAUGUUAUGCGAAAGUUAUCUUUGUUUCUCUAGUUUGCAGAGUAACAUCCCGAUCUUGGAAGUAAACCUCGUUGAAAUUGCCGGGGCAUUCCUGCAUAAAUUGCGUUUAGGACCGUGUUGGUAGACUUCAAAGUAGAAAGAAAGAAAGAGAAAGUGACACACAAUGUGGAUAUGUAAUAUUAUCCAAAGGAGUUGAAGAUGAGGUUCAGUGACAGUAACUUUAGCCCUGGGGCUAAAAUGUUAUUUUCUGUACCUAUCCUGAAAAUAGUUGAGAGUGGCAUAAUGAUAAUGAUAAUAAUUAAUGCUGGUUUCAUAGACUGAUAACUAAUGAUGGUGAUCGUCUGAUCAUUUGGUGGUGGUGCUCUUUCCUUCUGAGGGCAUCCGAAGCUCGUCUCCCAGCCCUUUCCACCCACAACGUGUCUGUGUGUGGCCUAGUCUCAUUCAUCAUUCGGCUCCCGGAGCCCUCUCCAUUUUUAAAAUUCUGCCUGAUCCAGUGGAAAGACAAUUUGGGCUUCCCCCACCACCUCGCUCCUUCCCCCGAAAAAGAAAGCAAGCCCUUGUCCUCAUUUGCAUUUGCAUCAAAAGCCCUGCUUCUGUCGAAGCUAAGCAAAGGGGAAGGACUUGAAGCCUAUGGGAUGGCUUAAGGGCUCUGCCCCUUGCUUUUGGCUUCUUUCCCUCUCCCUCUCUUUCGCAUUCUCUCUGCGGGCUUUGAUCUCUGCUUAACAACAGUAACGUCACGGGGACCCAUACAGGAGAGUUUUGUUGGAAGUUAGAAAGUUUUGCAGCCUCCAGAGGGCUGUAGCAGCAGUAGCAGCAAGCAGCAUCUAAGGGACUCCUGGAAGGGGAAGAGCCAGAGACUGACUCAGUCCUUGGAGCAAAGCUGCCUGCAGAAGACGGAGGAGGAGGAGGAGGCGGCGGCGGCGGAGAGGAGGAGGAGGCGGCGGCGGCAGCAGCGGCAGACAUGGAACAUCAGCUGCUCUGCUGUGAAGUGGAGACCAUCAGGAGAGCCUAUCAAGAUGCCAGCCUUCUCAAUGACAGGGUCUUGCAGACUAUGCUGAAAGCAGAGGAGACCUGCUCGCCCUCGGUCUCCUACUUCAAGUGCGUGCAGAAGGAAAUCUUACCAUAUAUGAGGAAAGUAGUGGCCACUUGGAUGUUGGAGGUUUGCGAGGAACAGAAAUGCGAAGAGGAGGUUUUCCCUUUGGCUAUGAAUUAUUUGGACCGAUAUCUGUCUUUUGAACCCCUCAAGAAAAGCCAUUUGCAGCUACUGGGAGCUACCUGUAUGUUUGUGGCUUCAAAAAUGAAGGAAACUAUUCCUCUAACAGCAGAAAAACUAUGUAUUUACACUGAUAACUCCAUUAGACCCAACGAAUUACUGCAUAUGGAACUUCUUCUGGUGAAUAAGCUGAAAUGGAAUCUGGCUGCAAUGACCCCUCAUGAUUUUAUUGAACAUUUUCUAACUAAAAUGCCUGUGGCUGAGGACAGCAAGCAGAUCAUCCGUAAACACGCCCAGACUUUUGUGGCUCUAUGCGCUACAGAUGUUAAGUUUAUUUCCAAUCCACCUUCCAUGAUUGCAGCUGGUAGUGUGGUAGCCGCUGUGCAAGGCCUUCACCUUGGAAACACCAACGCUUUCCUCUCAUAUCAAUGCCUCACACAUUUCCUAUCAAAAGUCAUCAGAUGUGAUCCGGAUUGUUUACGAGCUUGCCAAGAACAGAUUGAAUCCCUGCUUGAAUCUAGUCUACGCCAGGCACAGCAACACAACAUCUCUUCAGAAACAAAGACUGUGGAAGAUGAAGCAGACCUUUCCUGCACACCCACUGAUGUUAGAGAUGUGAAUAUUUAAAGAGGACUUCAACAAUUGGGGUUUGCUUGGCAGCACCAGCAAACAAAGAAAGGGCAUCUGAGAAGGAAUUGGCAUCAGGAUCGUCGCCCCCAAGAAACCCAGGACUUUUUAUACCAGAAGGGAAAAUGUCAUUCAUUCUUUUCUUCACUAUUCCUUCCUUGCCUUCGUGACUUUAACAGACAACUCCCCCACCCCACCCUACCCCCAACUGUCUUAAAAAGGAAAAAAAAAAGUAUUUGCAUGAUCUCCAGGGGUUCGCGCUACAAAAAUAGAAGAUUUUAUACAAUAAUAAUCAACUAGUUUUUAUAUUAAAGUGUUUUUGUCUGUAUGUUGUAAAAAUAGGCAUUAACACAUACACACAAAUGUCUCCAGGGGAGGUAUUAGAUUUGAUUCUUGCAUUUUAAAGAAGCCAACCAUUUUUAAAGUAGAAGAGGGUGUGUUUUUUUAGAUAGAAUACGUAUGUUUUUGGGGGUGUUUUCCUUUAAAAAGCAUAGCUUUAAUGCAGUUCUAGGCUUUUCUGUAUCUUGCUUGCUUAUGCAUUUAGUCACUUUAUAAUUCAUCUGUAAAUGUUUAUUUUAUUCCCUUAGGUUUUUUUUUUAUCCUCUUCACCUUAUAAAUGGUUAAUGUAACCUUUACAUUAGUAUAUGUUAGCUUACAGCAUUAUUAUAUGUUAAUCUUCUGUGCCUGUGGAUUACCUGUGCAUAAAGCCUCUAGGAUUCCAGCUUAGCAUGGCCAGGGAACGACCCAACAUUCUGUUCCAACAAUAAAGAGAAAUUGCAAUAGUGACAUAAUAUAUUUUUGUAAUCUUCCUAUUUUUGUAGUUACCUGUGUAUACAAAUACAAAAACGUUGGUUUUUACACAAAAGAUACACAGCCUAAUUAUGUCCAGGUUGAAUCCACAGCUUAUCUUUUUGUUUUUGUUAUUGUUUUAAAACCAUUCCAUUUCAAAGCACUUUCAGUUCAUUAGGUAUAGGAAAUACUUUCUUUUUAUUGUGUGGGAAUUUUUUUUCUCUUCAAAUGGAAUGGUUUGGAAAUUAUAUAUAUAAAUAUAUAAAUAUAUAUAUAAAGUGCUUGUGUGCAAACUUGGAAUUGCAGAGCAAGUGCAUUUAACUAUGGUGUUGAGGAAAGGUGGGUUUUUCUUUUCUGAAGGUUGUGUUCCAGACAGUGAGAAAAAUUGCAUACACAAAAUUGCCAGGAUAUCUUCCUAAUGUUUUCAAUAGAAAAGAUAUUUAGAAAUCUUUUGGUGCCAAUUCGUUUUUUUAAAAAUAUAAAAUUUAGGGGCCUGAAAGGUUUACCUAUAGGACACAUAUUAUGAGAAUUGUCUCUAGAUGUUGUACAACUGAAGGCUUUUAAACACUAAAAUAUAUAAUUUAUAGUUAAGGCUAAAAAGAAUAUUUAUUGCAGAGGAUGUUCAUAAGGCCAGUAUAAUUUGUAAAAUAAAUCACCCCUUGAUUCCAGGAAAAAAGAUCUUUCUGCCCUUGAUGUUGCAAUUCUAACGCAUCUUCCUAAGAAAUGAGGACAUUUCAAGACAGUACUCCAUUUGGCCCAUAUAUUUCCAAAACAAUGUUAACCAUGAGAAGGCGCCAUAGUUAAACGUGUAGAAUUGGUGUACUUGAAAAAAGAAGUUCUUAAUCCAGUGUAUUGCCCCUCCUUUUUUAAUUUAGCAACAAAUAGAAAAUUUGCACAUCUUGGCUAUGUAUCUUUUUUAUUAUUAUUGUAGAAAGUAGCUGAAGGGACGUGGACAUAGCUGUUGAAGUUGAUGCUUGAGGAGAAUGUGAUGGCAAAAUGUAUGUGAGAAACUACCGCUUAAGGUGUUGAUUGUAAAAAAAAUGUUUUUAAAAAGGAAAAAAAAAGGGAGCACAUGCUCCCAUUUUUUUAAAGAGCUGCUAUGGAUAAAUUCCCAGCAUGAAUUGAAAAAAAAAAUAACAUUGCUUUUCUGUAUCUGUUGUGUUUUGCUGCUAUUUUGUGGUCUUUUUUUUGUUUGUUUAUACAAUGUCAUAUACUGCCAUGUUAUAGGUUUUAAAUUUUCUCAUAGAAAAUUAUAUUAUUGACAUCAUUUUUGGUAGAUUUUUUUAAUGUGAUCAGUUUUACUUAAUGUGAUUACUGCUCUAUUCCAAAAAAGGUUCCUGUUUCACAAUACCUCAUACUUCAGUUAACCAUGUUUAGAUCAGGUUUUAAUGUUCGUUCACAGUGCCUCAUAGUUCUACUGCAAGCUGAAAUGCAUUGGACAUUAUUCUGAAUGGGCCUCGCGAUUUGCAACUAGUUUGUGCUAAUUUUAAAACAGACAUUUCAGAAGAUUGAGUAAUGUCAGGUUCUUUUGUUAUGUGUUUUUAUAAAGUGGAUUCUUUUUCUGAUCUGGGGUUUAUUAUCAUAGUAGUUUUAAGCUGUGUUAUUAGCCACAUUUGAUAUACGAAAGGUGCAUUAUAAUAUAACUCUUGUAUGCCCUUCGAUGUUUUCCAUCAGUGGAGAAUCAUCAUGCGGUAUGAUAGGUUAUCUUCUGGAAUUUAAGUAUUUUGUGUGUUUAAUCUGUUAUGAUAUAUUAGGGGUUUUUUUUGUUGAUGAUGUUAAUUAUAGCAUAAUGCUAAUUUAAAAAGAAACAAGAAACCGGUAAAUCUCACAAGUAAGUCAGCUAACAAAGUUAUAUGGUGAAUAAUCUAGUUGCCUGUAUGCUGCUAAACCAAAACAGAAUUAGAACUUCAUUUUGAGGGCUAAUGCAGUUAAGAUCCUACCUAAGCUUAUUCAAACAGAAAAGAAAACCUUGUAAUGCUACUAGCAGUCGCAGGACCCAGGAGGACUGGAUACACUCUGUCCAAAUUUCAGGAACAUUUCUUACUGCUUACCUCAUAGACAUUUCUGUUUGUGGCAUCUCUGUGUCUCUGAACCAAACAAGAUUAUUGAGUUUGUGGUUGUUGGUUAUAUUAUGUGUUUCACUGAGAAAUGGCAGCGUGUACUGCAAAUUUCUUUUAAGUAUUGUAUGUACAAAAAGGCCAAAUGCUAAUAAGCGGGUUCACGUGCCAACAGAGAUGCUUUAUUUGUCACAUUGUUAUAACGAUCUAUAGAAAGCAAAGCAAUUCAAAGCAAUUGUACUUUUUUAUAUAUAUUGUACUUAUUGGCAUCACUGGUCUGAAAUGCACAUUUUCACCAACAGACCUGUAACAGAUAAGUUUCCAGAAAAAAAAAAACUUCCCCUAAAAUCUAGAAAUAAAUUUGUAAAACCCA